ACCAUGGCUUAUAUUAUCUUUCUUUACGUCUGGGCUUUCAUUAAUACAACUGAUCUCGAGGGUCAAAAACUUGACAUAUCUUAUUGGUAUAAUCGCGCUGGAACACUCGCAUCAAGUCAGUUCCCUCUGAUUGCUGCCCUUGGAACCAAGAACAAUCUAGUCACACUCGUCACCGGUAUUAGUUAUGACAGAUUGAACUAUGUGCACCGAAUGAUGGCUCGAGUUGUAGUUAUCUUGCUUUGGGUGCAUGCUGGGAGUGAGGUUGUCUACUACGCUGAAUUCAAAGGCGAUUUAGCUCAAUCCUGGCUCCGCUGUGGCUUAGUUGCAAUUAUUGCAUUGACUUUGUUGUGCUUUGUGUCCUUGCGACCCGUCAGGGCAAAUGCAUACGAGUUCUUCUUCUAUACUCACUUCGCAAUGGUCUUAAUCUUCCUCGUCACUGCUUACUUUCACACUAACUACCAGAGCCUUGGAUAUUGGAUUUGGCCUUCCUUUGUUUUCUGGGCCCUCGAUCGUUUCAUUCGUGUUUGUCGCCUUAUUGUCUUCAACCACUCCUACUUUGGUUUUAGGUCUGGUUCUACCAUGGACGCCACAACAGAACUCCUUGAUGACAAUAAUGUCCGCCUCCGCUUACAUCGCCCGAGCCACUUUCACUGGAGCCCUGGUCAGACCGCCUAUCUCAUCAUGCCUUCCGUAUCCAAGCUUCCAUUCGAGGCUCAUCCAUUCACCAUUGCAAGCUUUGAUUCUAAUCUCUUUGAUUCCGUGGAGGAAGCCCCUGUCACUGAAAAGGGUGAGAAAAGGAAAAGCUUGGCAGAACACGCACUUGGGAAAAGUACUCCAUUCUGGAAGGAAGUUGUUUUCUUUGUCGGCGUCCAAGAAGGUUUUACAAAGCGCUUGAAGGAUGUAGCGUUGAAGGGAGGAAAGGUUAAAGUGUUUAUCGAUGGACCCUAUGGUCCUUCUCCCGACUUGGGGUCUUUUGAUACAUCGAUCUUCAUUGCGGGUGGAUCUGGUAUCUCUUAUACGCUUCCCAACUUCUUGGAUGUCAUAGAGAAAGUUCGUGAUGGAAAAAGCAUUUGUCGACGUGUUGUAUUCGUUUGGUCGAUCCGUGAAAAUGAUCAUCUGUACUGGAUUGAUGAUACCCUCAUCAAAGCAAUUCAACUGGCACCGCCACAUCUCGCUGUUGAUAUUCGUAUCCACGUCACCGGCGCACGCACAACUGUCGCACCGCUAGAACAGGCUUACGGCGAUGAUGACACUGAGUCAAUUCACUCUGAUUCCCGCUCUGAAAUUGCAGAGCAUGAAUACAACGAGGUCGUGGAUAAAAGCAAAGAUUCCAUCCUUGCUAUGAGCGCUGUGAGAGUAGAGAACGGAAGACCGAAUUUAGAUGGGAUCUUGAAAGAGGAAGUCGGUAUGGCUACCGGAAGGAUGUCCGUCAGUGUGUGCGGGUCCCAGGCUGUUGCACGCGCCACUCGCAAUGCCCUCCGCUUUCCUGUUUCCGGUCCUACCAGCGUUUUAUCGGGCGGUCCCAGCGUAACCCUGCACAUCGAAUCCUUUGGCUACGCUUAGCUAAGUUACUGGUGGCAUGUUUGAUCAGCGCCCGAAGUUGCUAGGAAUUAUCUUGUACUACUCUCCUUUUUCUCCCAUUGAACGAUCUAAUUCCUUAAACCUUAUGUAUAGCCCUAUGAGUGUGUAACCAAUAUAUUGUAGACAAUUUU